AUGCGUCGUGCUGCUGUUCAGGCCUUCCGUACUGCCCGCUGUGCUCCGGUAUGGAAAGUCGGUGGUAGAAGAGCCGCUCGCGCCCACUUCUCCACGGGACAGGCUCUCGCUCUGCGGCCGUCCUCCAACAGGCGCCAUAAUUCCUUCAUUCCAGCGUCUUUGCAUUCGUCGAUGCACGUCCGAAACUUCUCGCUCGCCUUUAUCUCAACUCUGGUCGCCUCCGGAGCAUGGUACGCAUACAAAGGCACUCAGCAGUCGUCGAUCCUUAACGGUACAGUCGCCUCAGCUGCCAACUUCCAGUCGCGAGGAAUAGCCGACAUAUCAUCUGGAGCUGCAGGGCUAGCCUCUGAAGCUUCUGAAACCCCUGCUCGCCGCGCCCUACUGGUUGAAAAUGAUCAGUUUUACACUGCAGCACUGUCUGGUGACCAACCCCUUAAGAAACAGACCGACGACUCAGACCGACAAGUGCUAGAGAUGUUGACCCCCGAACAAGUUACUCAAAAACUACGGAAGAAUGAAGAGUCUUACCUAGUUGGGCGUGGCCAGGGUGUGGUUCGAUACGACCUUGUCCAGGUCCCAAGCAACUCACCCAUUGAAGACGACCACGCCGAGAAGAUCGUUGAGGUACCUCAGACUCUUUCGGGCACACAAGAUGGCACAAACAGCGACUGGAUGUUCUGGGGUGUUUUUGAUGGGCAUUCUGGCUGGACUACGUCUGCUAAGUUGCGCAAUGUUUUGAUUUCAUACGUCGCUCGAGAACUCAAUGCUACCUACAAAGCUGCCGCCACUGAUCCUUCUACCAAAAUGCCUUCUCCAGAGGCCAUCGACACAGCAAUUAAGCAGGGGUUUGUUCGUCUGGAUCAUGAUAUUGUGUAUGACAGCGUGGACAAGGUAAUGAAAGCCAACUCCCGCCGGACUGCGGCCGAAACAUUGGCACCUGCUUUGUCAGGAUCGUGUGCUUUGCUUGCUUUCUAUGACUCUAGCUCCCAGGACUUGCGUAUUGCUUGUGCAGGAGAUUCUCGAGCCGUGCUAGGUAGCCGAGGACCAAAUGGCAAAUGGACUGCGACACCGCUUUCUGAGGACCAGACUGGAGGCACACCUUCUGAGAUCAAACGUCUCCGACAAGAACACCCUGGUGAACCCCAUGUCACACGAAACGGGAGAAUUCUUGGUCAACUAGAACCCAGCCGCUCUUUCGGGGAUGCUUUCUACAAGUGGACCAGGGGAACGCAAGAUAAAAUCAAGAGUCGUUUCUUCGGACGCACGCCUCAUCCGAUGCUCAAGACCCCACCCUACGUGACUGCAGAACCCAUCAUCACGAAAACGAAAAUUGACCCUAAACAAGGUGACUUUGUUGUCUUGGCGACUGAUGGUUUGUGGGAAAUGCUGAGCAACGAGGAGGUUGUCGGUCUUGUCGGUCAGUGGAUUGAGAAUCAACGGUCUGGAGCUACAGCGGGAAACCGUUCGUGGUUACAGAGUUGGUUUUCAUCCCAGCCGAAGCAGCUGCCUGUUGAAAAGGGUAGUGAAACGACGGGCGAAGGUCAACGACCACCAAUCCGCCAGCAGCAGUACGAUAUUCCAGGAGCAGCGCAGCGAUUCGUGGUCGAAGAUAAGAAUGCUGCUACGCAUCUGGUGCGAAACGCCAUGGGAGGAAAGGAUAAGGAUAUGGUUUCUGCUCUAUUGACGUUACCUAGUCCUUACUCCAGGCGAUACCGUGACGAUAUUACAGUCGAGGUCAUUUUUUUCGGCGAGAGCACCGAUGAUCGCAGUGUUUCUGUCAACGAGGAAGCCAGCGCCGUGGCAGAACCUAGCAAACCCAAACUAUGA